AUGAACGUCUCGCUGCGUGGCUCAGAUGGGUCAACCUCCAUCGACGCUGUGCUAGAGCUCAACAAGGACCCAACUAAGCACCCACGACUUGCGAAGAUCACCAAAUCGUCGACUAGUGAUGUCAGCGACGUAUUAUCUGAGAUUCCUGAAACGCACGUCAUUGUGUCGACUGGCUCGGGGCACCAGGCCGCAGCUGUCUUCUACGAUGAAUGUAUAAGCCCCCUUCUCGCCGCAGUCUACCCCCAAGACCACCAAACCUUCCACGUGCACACCACAACAUCAGCAACAAGCGUCCUCGAGCUCGCCAUCACCGUCUUCUUCCCAAAGGCAAACGCAGGCACACCUCUCCGCAUCCUCCUCCUCUCCGGCGACGGCGGCAUAAUCGACCUCAUCAACGGCCUCACAACCCACCCCUCCUCCCCCUCCUACACGGCCCCCCAAACCCUGCUCCUGCCCCUCGGAACCGCAAACGCACUCUUCCACUCCCUCAACGCCGGCAACCCACCCACAUGGGGAAUCCCCGCACUCACCUCCCACCGCUCCAAACCUCUGCCCCUCUUCUCCGUCGCCUUCUCGCCCGGCGCCCGCCUCCUCGUUGAUGAAGCCCGCAGCGAGGAGGAACUCGCCACUGACCCCGCAUCGGGGCACCCAUCGCUGCACGGCGCCGUGGUGUGCAGCUGGGGUCUGCACGCGUCGCUCGUUGCCGACAGCGACACAGCCGCGUACCGCAAGUUCGGCGUCGAGCGGUUCAAGAUGGCGGCGAAUGAGGCGUUGUACCCCGCGUCCGGAUCGCCGCACGUCUACAAGGCGAAGGUGUCCGUGCUGCGGGGUGAUGCGUGGACGGCGUUACCGGAGCAGGAGCACUUGUACACGCUAGCGACUAUGGUGUCGCAUCUCGAGCAGCCGUUUUGCAUUUCCCCGCGCUCGCGGCCGCUGGAUGGGAGUCUGCAUCUUGUGCAUUUUGGGCCGACGAGUGGUGAUGAGGCGAUGCGGUUGAUGACGCUGGCGUACCAGGGCGGGAAACAUGUGGAGGAGGCAGCAGUGCGGUAUGAGGCCAUUGAUGGGUUGCGCAUUGAGUUUGAGGGCGGGGAGGAGGAGGGGCGGUGGCGGCGGAUUUGUGUUGAUGGCAAGAUUGUGAGGGUGGAGAAGGGUGGGUGGGUGGAGCUGCGGAAAGAGACACGGAGGGUGUUGGAUGUUGUUGUAGCGUAG